ACUUUUUCUCAAUCCUAGAACCAAGUCUUCAAUGCAGAGCAUUGCUGCGCGUUUCUUGCCAUCUGUUGCGCGCCGCGUCGCCGCAGCACCGGCUGUCCACAUGCCCGCCCGCACCCUCGCCUCGCUGCAGGAGUCGCUCCGAACCACCCCGGAGACCAAGAUCACGACUCUCAAGAACGGCCUGCGCGUCGCGUCGGAAAACACUGGCCACCUGUCGGCAACCGUCGGCCUGUGGAUUGACACUGGCUCGCGAUUCGAGACGGAGCAGAACAACGGUGUUGCCCACUUCCUCGAGCACAUGUUCUUCAAGGGCACCAAGCGCCGGACGCAGCAGGGCCUUGAGGCGGAGGUUGAGUCGAUUGGCGCCUCGCUGAACGCAUACACGUCUCGCGAGCAGACCGUCUACUACGCCAAGGUCCUCAACAACAACGUUAACGACGCUGUCGAUCUCCUUGCGGACAUCUUGCAAAACUCAAAGUUCGACGCGGAUGCCAUCAACGCUGAGCGCGACGUCAUUCUUCGCGAGAUGCAGGAGGUGUCCAACCAGCGCGAGGAGGUCCUGUACGACCACUUGCACUCGGUCGCCUACCAGGGCUACCCGCUCGGCCGCACCAUCCUUGGCCCCACGGAGAACAUUCUGAAGCUGUCGCGCGACGACAUUACCGACUAUGUUCGCAAGCACUACACUGCCCCGCGUAUUGUUCUCGCUGCCGCCGGUGGCAUUGACCACGACGUGCUCGUCAAGCAAGCCGAGAAGCAGUUUGGCGACCUCUCGAGCACGGCCUCGAACGACCGCUCGUUCGCCAACCGCUUCACUGGCGCCGACGUCCGCGACCGCAACGACGACAUUGACGUCGGCCACAUUGCCCUCGCCAUCGAGGGUGUCGGCUGGGCCCAUGCCGACUUUAUCCCUCUGCUGGUUGCCUCCACCAUGAUUGGCAACUGGAACCGUCUCAUUCCAGGCAAGAACCUUGCCUCCAAGCUCACACAGCGCGUUGUCGCCGAGAACCUUGCCAACUCGUACCAAGCAUUCAACACUGCCUACAAGGACACUGCCCUCUGGGGUGUUCAGUUUGUUGCCCCGCGCGACAAGGUCGAGGACAUGACUUUUGAGGUCCAGGCUGAGCUCAUGCGUCUCUGCACUAGCGCCACCGAGGCUGAGGUUGCCCGCGCCAAGAACCUGCUCCGCACCUCGCUCUUCCUCAACCUUGACGGCACCACUCUUAUUGCCGAGGAGAUUGGCCGCCACGUCCUCAACUUUGGUCGCCGCAUCCCUAUUGCCGAGAUCAACGCCCGUAUCGAGGCCGUCAACGCCUCCGUCAUCCGCGAAGUCCUCAACAAGUACGUGUACGACAAGUGCCCCGCUGUUGCUGGUAUUGGCGCCAUCGAAGGUCUGCCCGACUACAACCGCAUUCGUGGCGGCAUGAGCUGGCUGCGUGUUUAAAAGAACAAAACUAGAUGUCACUACUUGGUCAACGCCCAAAGCCAACGGGGGAAAACAACAAUAAACAAAUUACCGAACUCUUGGGUGGGGGCAGGUGUCUGGCGAAUUUCUUGUGUGGUGUGUAUUUGUGGAUGUCUUUUUUUUUUUUGUUGCACAAUGAAGUAACGUGUUUCCCUUGA